CUAACCGUCAACUUGCCGCGACAGUCAAUGCACCGAUGCUUGGCCAUUCUAGAGAUUCUCGAGAACAUAUUCUCCUAUUUCAGCAGUCAUUACGCAGGCGACAUUCCGACUCUCGCUGCGCUGGCACGGACAUGUAAAGCUUUUAUGGGCCCUGCGCUCGAUGUCUUGUGGUACCAACAGGGGAGCCUCGAAAAUGCAUUGAAGUGUCUUCCGGACGACUGUUGGAAGAGAACUACCGUGCAUGAAGAGCUGGCAGGUUCUCGCAGGUCCUGGCAAACAAUUAAAUUCACACGUAAUCUGACUCAGCAGGACUGGGAGCACGCUCAAAAGUAUCUCUGUCGCGUAAAGCAGUUGGACCUCCCUCAUGGAUGGAACUUGCCUGGUCCAAUGGCACAUAUCCACUUGUUGGAGCCGAUUGAACGGUCGCUUCCCGGGCGUCGCCUUUUCCCCAACAUUCGUCAUCUGUCCUGGAAACCAAGCGACCGUUACCUCUCCGCUGCACAAUCAACCCGCUGGCUUCGGCUCUUUGUAGGCCCCAAUCUUCGAUCCCUCGAAGUCCAUGGCAACACUUUAAAGACUGCCUCCGACAUUCACUUACUGGCCUCCCUGGACAUUCCACUUGCGCAUCUUCACAAUCUCGUUAUCCUCUUAUGCAACGACCACUAUGACUCUGUCAUUUGCACGAGCUCAGAACUGGCCUCAAAGCUGGGCCAAAUAAAAAAACUGACGCUUCCGGCAAUAAAUGCCGUCGCGCUGAACCAUCUAUCCCUCCUUCCAAAUCUCAGCCAGUUGACACUUACCCAACCGCAAAUCGACGACAUAGGAGUGCCUGCGUCUCCAUUGCCGCUGGACCCGCAACCUUUCGCUGCGCUUUCUCGGUUAGACCUAAGAAACUGCAGAGCUGCAUUCGCGGUCGACUUGAUCAACUCCGCUCGUCUGUGGAAGCUUGCUCAUCUCGAAGUUAACAGCUGCUUCCCCGAGCUUCAGAGGGAUCUAGAUGCGCUGUACGUGGCUGCUGGCUCUCGAUGCACAACGGACAAUCUUAGGAUACUUUGUCUCGGCCCUCCCGAGGACGAGACCAUCAACGACCCAGCCACGAAUGAACCAAGGGAAAAUUAUGCGCUGACAGGACUGUCUUUAGUCCCCCUCUUCAAAUUCUCCAACCUCCACUACGCAGACCUCCAACCCCCCGCCGGGUUCCUCAUCGACGACGACACCAUCUCCAAGUUAGCGCGCUCCUGGCCACUUGUCGAAUAUCUAACCCUGCGGUCCGGAUCCGCAAUCCAGGCGCGGCCACUGACCACCAUCCGAGCGCUCCGCACCUUCGCGAAACACUGCAAGUUGUUGGUGGGGCUCAGCAUACCUGUUGACGCCUCCGACGUCCCCGACUUCGACACGUAUAGUCAGCGGCGCAUCACGCAGAGUAACCUCACCCAUGUGAACAUGGGAAUCUCACCCAUCGCCGACCCCAGUGCCGUCGCACGCUUUCUCUCCGGCCACUUCCCGUGCCUUGACUAUGUCGAAACUUUGAAUGACCGGAGAUGGAGUGACCAAUACCACAGAAUAAUGGAGCGAGGAGAAGAGGAGGAAACUGAGCGAUCGUACCAUGUGCUGUGGACGGAAGUCAGCAAAAUGCUGUCGCUUUGUCAAGCGGUGCGCCAGGAAGAGCAAUUUUGGGCUGAGAAACAAGGAGCGGAAACUUCCAGAACAACUUGA